AUGGUUCGAUCACGCCGCAGCUUACGACUGGCUUCUCCCGACUCCACCGAGUCGUCCAGAGCAACCCGUAGACGUGCACAGAGACCAAAUCUUUCAGGGUUAGAUAUCGACGAGGAUGAUGACGAGGAAUAUAACGAAGAAGAGGUGCAAGUGAGCCGGCGGAAAAGAAGAAAAGUUACCGACGACGAAGAUGACGAUGACCUUCUGGCAGAUGACGAGAACAUUCAGGAUGACGCAGAAAUGGACGUAGAAGGCGAAGGUGAAGAGGAAGAGGAAGAAGAGGAAGAAGAGAACGAAAACACUCCACAACCGGGUGCCAGUCCGGCUCCAAAAGCGCCAAAAAAAGUGAUGAAGAAACUCAAAAGAAGAGGGAGAAAGCCCAUAGUCCAGGCAGGCCAAGAUGGGUUUUAUGACGACGACGGAAACCUCAUUAAUAUUGAAAACGACGAGGUGGUGAUGGAUGAAGACCCCAAAGCGGUGGAAAAAGUGGAUGAAUUCGGAAGAUUAAAGGGGGGAAGACAGUACCGUAUAAAUACGUUUACCGUGCUUGGUCAAGGCGAAAGACUCUAUAUGGUAUCGACUGAGCCAGCACGGUUGGUAGGGUUCCGUGACUCUUACCUUCUUUUCAAGACCCACCACAAUUUAUUCAAAAAAGUAUGCACCGAUGCCGAAAAAAUGGACCUCAUUGAACGACACAUCAUUCCUAAUUCGUACAAAGGUCGCUCGGUCAAUUUAGUCACGGCUCGAUCCAUCUUCAGAGAGUUUGGUGCUCGGAUAUUAAAAGACGGAAAGAAAGUCGUGGAUGAUUUCUGGGAGCAGAAGGCAAUUGACAACGGAGACGUUGCGGGUGAGUACGCCGAUCCAACUGAACUCUACAAAUACUCACUUAAUGCAGCUACCGUCUACUCAGAAGCAAAUCAGACGGGCUCAGGUACUCCUCCAUUAGCAGGUUCGGCACUGGUAGCGUACCAAUCCGAUCCAACAUGGAUGUACCAAAUGGCGUAUAAGACUCGCGAGUACAAUUCGAGCCUUCUUAGCCAACGCAGUCAAACAUUUUGCGGUGUUAGAGACGUUUACACGGGCCUCACAUUCUACCCUUCAGGAACUCAGCCUACAGUGCACCGUAUAACAAAGGGGAAUGAUCUCCCAGGACAAAUAUACUGGGACACAAAAUUAUACAAUCCUGACGCUUCGAGAAAAUUAACGGGGUUGAGGGAUAUCCCAGCCGAAAUCUUUGACGAUGUCGACGAAGAUGUCAGAAAGGCGAUUUUAGAACAGCGGGCCUACGAAGAAGCUGCCGUGAAACUUUUGAGUUCACAAUGA